AUGCUUCAUCAUGCCAAACUGGACAGGUGUUUCUGGGCCGAAGCAGCGAUGACGGCCAUCUACGUCAAGAAUCGACUGCCGUCACCUAAAGUCGUGCACAAGACCCCGUUUGAGAUCGUCUACAACUUGAAACCAAGCGUCAAGCACAUGCGAACAUUCGGGUGUCAGACAUACAUACUGACGCCUAAAGAGAAUCGACUCAAGUGGGAUCCAAAGGCUCGCGCUGGCAUAUUCGUGGGCUACGAAGAAGUUUCGAAGGCAUAUCGUGUUUAUGACAUCGAGGCGGGGCAGGUGGUUAUCAGCCGCGAUGUCAACUUCGACGAGUCCACCUUUGGACUUCAACUGCCGAUCACUGAUGAAGAUGUCGAUGACCUGGACUUCGAAUUGCUGGAUCUUGAUGACGAAGAGCUGCGUCAAAUGGAGUACAAGCAAACAGGCAAGCGCAAGAACCGACUCAAUGAUGAAGAUACAGCAGCUCCACGACCGCGUGCAGUGCGUCAACGACCAGGACUAGAAGAGUCAAGCGCGCCGGAAAACAACUCGUCACGACAAGAAGAAGACGAAGAAACGAAGGAUUCUGGUGAUUCAACACCGCCUGUGUUUUGGCGUGCGAGUGCAAAUGCCGUUGAAGCAGCAGUGGACUUAUCAGAACCCUCAACAUUUGAAGCAGCAGUAAGCGGCCCUGACCAAGUGCACUGGAGAAAAGCAAUUCAUGCAGAGCUCGAGUCAAUGCGACUUCGCGGUGUGUUUCGUGCAGCCAAGCUGCCCAACGGACAACGCGCCAUUGGCACAAAAUGGGUGUUCAAGAUCAAGCGCAAGGCGGAUGGGUCAAUCGAGAAGUACAAGGCACGACUUGUGGCCAAGGGUUUCCGCCAAAAGUAUGGCAUCGACUACACGGAGACGUUUUCGCCUGUGGUCAAGUAUGUGACGCUGCGAAUGGUGAUCGCAAUUUCCAAGCAUUUUGGAUGGCCCAUCGACCAGCUUGAUGUGGUGACAGCUUUCCUGUAUGGCGUCAUGAAGGAACAAGUGUUCUGCGUGAUUCCUGAAGGCGUCGAACUGGAUAGUACGUUCGACUGCCUGGAAUUGGUGAAGUCAAUUUACGGCCUCAAGCAAGCGUCGCGAGUGUGGAACGAGACGUUCGACGAGUAUGUGUGCUCCAUCGGAUUUCAAGUAUCGGACUUCGACCCAUGUCUCUACAUCAAGACUUCGGACGGCCAUUGCGUGUUUAUACUGGUCUACGUGGACGACGUCUUGGUGACUGGAAGCUCACUCGAGCUGAUUGCACAAACCAAGAACGACCUGAAGACGCGGUUCGAAAUGACGGACAGCGGCAAGUGUGCGUUUGUUCUUGGGAUCGAGCUUUUGGACGGUGAAGAUGGCAGUGUGACACUAUGUCAGCGUCGGUAUGUCGAUGAUAUCCUCAAGCGCUUUGGCAUGGAUGAUUGCAAGGCAGUCGCAAGUCCAGUCGACAUGAGCUCUCGACUUGUUUCAAGUGAUGCAACUACCAAGGUCGAUGCUCCUUUUCGCGAAGCUGUUGGUGCGUUGAUGCACCUGACCACUGCAACGCGUCCGGACAUUGCGUUUGCUGUGGGCUAUGUGUCGCGGUACAUGGAAAAUCCCCAAGAAGAACACUGGGUUGCAGUUAAGCGUAUCUUUCGCUACCUACAAGGCACCAAGACGCAUGGAAUUUGCUACAAGCCAAGUGCAAGGAUCGACUUCCGUGGAUAUUCGGAUGCGGAUUGGGCUGGUGAUCUUACCGACCGCAAGUCAACAUCGGGGUACACGUUCAUGCUACUCGGUGCGCCAGUGAGUUGGGGCAGCAAGAAGCAGCCAAGUGUUUCUUUGUCCACGACUGAAGCUGAAUACAUCGCACUCAGCUUGGCGAUUCAAGAGGGCAAGUGGAUUCAUCGUCUGCUUUGUGAGAUCGUGGUGGCUGCCAAUGAAGAAGGACCGGAACUCAUGAUUCAUGAAGACAAUCAGUCAUGUAUCAAGAUGACGAAGAAUCCAGUCAACCACGGCCGUGCCAAGCACAUUGAUAUCAAGUACCAUCACAUCCGUGAUGAGGUCAAGCGCGGUGAAGUGAAGCUCAAGUACUGUGAAACUGCGGUGAUGUUAGCGGACAUCAUGACGAAGGGACUUCAUGGACCACGCCAACAGGAGAUGACGACGGCUCUCGGGAUUCGUGAGCCUUUGGAUUGA